CGUCCUUCCCCCUCGUGCGCUCCGCCAGACCGCGACGCGUCGCCGUCUUCCCCGCUGUCGCCCGCUUGAGCUUCCAAAGCCCCCCAAACCAGUCCACCGCCGCUACAUAAACACCCGCCUCCUCCUCGCACGCCACGCUGCCCCCUCUGGCUUCCCGCCUCUCCUCCGCCUCCGCCUCCCGCCGCUUCCUCAUGGCCGCCGCCAACGCCGCAGCCGCCGUCGCGUCCCCAGCGGUCGGAGCCCCCUCGUCGCCCGCCGCUUCGGCCGUUGUUCGCCGGGGGUUCGUCACCUUCGGCGCCGCUGCCCGCUUGCCUGCGCUCCGGUCCGAACGCCUUGGGGCCGGCUCCUCCUCCGGUGUGCGAACACAUGUUGCUGCUGUUGAGCAUGCAGUUGUGCAAGAUGCUACAAAGCUCGAAGCUCCAGUUGUUGUCGUUACAGGUGCUUCCAGAGGGAUCGGAAAAGCCACUGCAUUGGCUCUUGGGAAAGCUGGCUGCAAGGUUCUAGUGAACUAUGCACGGUCCUCCAAAGAGGCCGAAGAAGUCUCUCAAGAGAUAGAAGCUGCUGGUGGUCAGGCUAUUACCUUUGGAGGAGAUGUUUCAAAAGAAGCUGAUGUAGAAUCUAUGAUGAAAGCAGCUGUUGAUAAAUGGGGAACGAUUGACAUCUUGGUAAAUAAUGCAGGGAUUACGCGAGACACAUUGCUGAUGAGGAUGAAGAAAUCCCAGUGGCAAGAUGUUAUUGAUCUAAAUCUUACGGGUGUCUUCCUAUGUACACAGGCUGCCACAAAAAUAAUGAUGAAGAAGAGAAAGGGAAGAGUUAUCAACAUAGCAUCAGUUGUUGGGCUUACCGGCAAUGCUGGCCAAGCUAAUUACAGUGCUGCUAAGGCUGGUGUCAUUGGCUUCACAAAAACAGUUGCUAGGGAAUACGCAAGCAGGAAUAUCAAUGUGAAUGCAAUCGCGCCUGGAUUCAUUGCAUCAGACAUGACUGCUGAACUUGGAGAGGAGAUUGAGAAGAAAAUCUUGUCGACCAUUCCCUUGGGGAGAUAUGGCCAGCCGGAGGAAGUUGCUGGGUUGGUCGAGUUUUUGGCCCUGAAUCCUGCGGCCAGCUACAUCACCGGACAGGUGCUUACUAUUGAUGGGGGGAUGGUAAUGUGAUCUUCGGGCAAGCCUGAUGGAGUUCUACAUUUGCUCUGCGUAGAGUGAUUUUUAUGUAUUGUGCACUGAACAGUUUUGGGCUGUAGAUUUAGGUUUACACUUUUUACUCUUUAACAAUGCGGAAUAAAGUCAGGUUUGAGGAAGUUCAGAUA